AUCGAUAGCAAGUCCCUAGGCGAAUCGUUUUGAGUUGUUGCGCCGGACAGCAGCGAUCGAAUUGAUUUUACUUUACAUUUUUACAAAAACACAUUUUACAAAAACUUAUUGAUUUGCAACUGUUCAUCAUGAUUAACACAAUCCGUUUGAUAUCUCGACAAAACCUUUCUCAAUUUCGUCGAUUUCACAAAUGUGUUGUCCGACAAACGGAAUCGAGCGCAACAGCAGCGACAGAAACAAUAGCAGUAGCACCACCACCACCUUCUUCGUCGAGUGUUGAGGAGCCGGUACAUCCAAAAAUUGACAAAAUAGCCAAUGACAUCACUGCUCUCAAUCUAAUAGAAGUAGCACAGCUUAGCGAUUUAUUAAAGAAACGAUUGAAUCUACCAGAUGCACCUAUUAUGCCUGUUGGAGGAUUCGUUGCAUCUCAGGCUUUGGAAGAGGAAGAAGUACAAAAGAAAGUACAAACGGAGUUCACCGUUAAGUUAAUGGCGUUUGAUGAGAAACAGAAGGUAGCGCUAAUCAAAGAAAUAAAGAGCUUGUUGCCAGACACAAAUCUUGUUCAGGCCAAAAAAUUCGUCGAUAGCGCACCCGCAAUAGUGAAAGCAGAUAUAGCAAAAGACGAAGCCGAGACAUUGCGAGAUGCUCUUACCAAGGUUGGUGCUACAGUUCAAAUUAUAUAAAUCGUACGUGUGAAUACUCGGGUUACGUAAAUAUAAUGUUACAAUAAAAAUGUUGUAUAAUAAAAACAUUCACUUACA